AUGGAUGGCAAGCGUCACCCCAGCUCGUUCCAGCAGCUGGAAAAGCUGGGCGAAGGAACGUAUGCGACGGUUUUCAAGGGCAGAAACCGCCAGACUGGUGAGCUCGUUGCCCUCAAAGAAAUCCACCUCGACUCCGAAGAAGGUACUCCGUCGACGGCAAUUCGCGAGAUCUCGCUCAUGAAGGAACUGAAGCACGAGAACAUUGUCGCCCUCCACGAUGUCAUUCACACCGAAAACAAGCUCAUGCUCGUGUUUGAGCACAUGGACGGCGAUUUGAAGCGCUAUAUGGACACUCAUGGCGAGCGUGGUGCCCUCAAACCCGCCACUAUCAAGUCCUUCAUGUAUCAGCUUCUGAAGGGCAUCGACUUUUGCCACCAAAACAGGGUCCUGCACAGAGAUUUAAAGCCGCAGAAUCUCCUAUACAAUAGCAAGGGGCUUCUAAAGCUGGGCGAUUUCGGUCUGGCCCGCGCCUUUGGUAUUCCAGUCAACACCUUUUCCAACGAAGUCGUCACCCUGUGGUACCGCGCGCCGGAUGUGCUUCUCGGCAGCCGCACCUACAACACCAGCAUCGACAUUUGGUCCGCCGGCUGCAUCAUGGCCGAGAUGUACACUGGUCGCCCGCUGUUCCCGGGCACGACAAACGAAGACCAGAUCAUCCGCAUCUUCCGCAUCAUGGGUACCCCGACCGAGCGAACCUGGCCCGGCAUCACCCAGCUGCCAGAGUACAAGCCGACGUUCCAGAUGUACGCGACGCAAGAUUUGCGCAAUAUUUUACCCGCCAUUGAUCCUACCGGCAUCGACCUCCUCCAGAGAAUGCUGCAGCUGCGGCCCGAGCUGCGCAUCAGCGCCCACGACGCCCUACAACACCCCUGGUUUAACGACCUGUUAAUGCACCAACAACAGCAAGCGGCUCAAGCGGCUGCGCAGGCCGGAGCUAGAGGGGGUUAUCAGCAAGUUCCAGUGCAAGGCUACGAAGGCUACUAG